CCGUCAGAUCCUUGCCGCGUCUGGAAGGUCGAUUGGUCGAAGCAAAACCUUUCCGAAAAAUAAUAAUAAUAAUAAAGGAAACAGCAAAGAAGAACGGGGAGAGAACGAAGAGAAGCUCUCCCCCUUUCUUCUAAUAAUUCUCUCCAUCAGAUCGAUCUAGCAAGAAAAGGAGAGAGUGGAAAGAGAACAAAUCGGAAUUUUCCACGAUGAGUUUUCUCUUCGGCAAGAAGAAAACCCCCGCAGAGCUGCUGAGGGAGAACAAGAGGAUGUUGGAUAAAUCGAUAAGGGAAAUAGAAAGGGAGAGGCAAGGACUGCAAACCCAGGAGAAAAAGCUUAUCACGGAGAUCAAGAAAGCGGCCAAGCAAGGGCAGAUGGGAGCUGUAAAAGUAAUGGCCAAGGAUCUUAUUCGAACAAGACAUCAGAUCACGAAGUUUUAUGCUCUGAAAUCACAGCUCCAAGGUGUAUCGCUUAGAAUUCAGACAUUGAAAUCAACCCAAGCGAUGGGUGAGGCUAUGAAAGGUGUUACUAAGGCAAUGGGACAGAUGAACAGACAGAUGAACCUACCAGCAUUGCAGAAGAUAAUGCAAGAAUUUGAAAGGCAAAAUGAGAGGAUGGAAAUGGUCAGCGAGGUGAUGGGAGAUGCCAUUGAUGAUGCCUUGGAAGGUGAUGAGGAAGAAGAAGAAACAGAAGAACUUGUGAGUCAGGUUCUUGAUGAAAUUGGAAUCGACAUUAAUGCAGAGCUUGUCAAAGCACCAACAUCUGCAGUGGCUCAACCAGUGGCAGCUAACAAGGUUGCUCAAGCUGAAACAGCUGGGACCAAUGACAGCGCAAUAGACAGUGAACUGCAGGCAAGAUUAGACAAUCUAAGAAAAAUGUAAUAAUCUUAACAGCAUGUGACUGAUGUGAUGCCACAGCGGAUCACUAGCAUCUAGCACAAUGUAUUAUAGUGUGAUUGGGAAAAACUUCUUCCAUAAAAUAGUUGCACCGGUGUAUGUUUUAUCAAGACAUCUAAUAAAUUAUUGCUUGCAAGCCUAUCAUC